AUGUACCACCCCGCCCCCCCAAAAAAAAUACGACUGCUUCUCAAACCCAGACCACAGGCUCUGCCCGCUCCGACCUGGGGGUUGAUGACUUCCGUCAACGGGGACGGAACACAGGCUGUGCCCUCUGGGCCCCUCCACACAUACUCCACCCCCCCCCCCCGUCCCCGCCCAACAAGUGGGGCUGACCGGCUCUCCCCACUUGAGGACAGAGGACUCCGCCGGGGCACACAGUCCCGUCCCCGCCUGAUUUAUACACACCAGUCCUCGCACACCUGUGGUCACAGAAAAGAGCCUCCCCUGGGGUGGAGCGGCGGCCUUUCUUCUGUGCGCAGAAUGACACACACCUGUCGAGAGAACCCGGGCUCCACCCUGAGGGCCUGGACUGGGCACUGGGGGCCAGCUGGGGGCAUCCAAGAGCCACGGGUACCCCGCCCCCGCGCAGCCGGCCAGCCCCGCCCCAUGGGCCCCAAGUGCCCCGACACUGCCCGCUGCCAGCGGCCCUUCCGCUUCACUCAGCCUCGCCGCGGAGCUGGACGGGCGCGGGCCAUGCUGCGGACAGCAGGGAAGGAGCUUGCCCUGACGCCGCUGCAAGGCUGGGGCGAGGAGACUGAGGACGGCGCGGUGUACAGUGUCUCCCUACGGCGGCAGUGCAGUCAGCGCCUGAGCCCGAGGGAAGGUCCCGGGGACAGCCAGGUCCCCGGCCCCAAUACCAACACCUUCCUCCAUUACCGCACAAGCAAGGUGCGGGUGCUGAGAGCCGCGCAUCUGGAGCGGCUAGUGUGGGAGUUGGUGUCUGUAGAUCAUGAGCAGGACCCGAGCUUCGUGCCUGCCUUCCUGGCCACCCACCAGGCCUUUGUGCCCACUGCACGCGUUCUGGGCCUUCUCCUGCCACCGCCACCACCGCCCCUGCCGCCCUGGGCAGAGAUGAAGAAGAUACAGGGUCAAGAUCUGAGCCUCAACAGGAACCUGAGGGCUGUGGUAUCAGUGCUGGGCUCCUGGCUGCGGGACCACCCUCAGGACUUCUGGGACCCCCCUGCCCACUCAGACCUGGGCAGUGUCUGCACCUUUCUGGGCUGGGCUGCCCCAUUUGGGGCGGAGGCCCUGGAAGCAGAGAAGCUGCUGGGAGAUUUCCUAGAAGAGGCUGAACAAGAGCAGGAAGAAGAGGAGCAGCCCCAGGCUUCUGCAGGACCUCCUAGAACUGCUGGGACCCUCGAUCCAGACUCCCCUGAAGGCUGCUUAAAAGAGAGAGGGCUGGUCCAAGAUGGCCCUGAGCUCCUGGACUUCAGUGCAGACGAAGUGGCUGAGCAGUUGACUCUGAUGGAUGUCGAGCUCUUCUCCCGGGUGCGGCCCUGGGAGUGCCUGGGUUCCGUGUGGUCCCAGCGGGACCGACCAGGGGCCGCAGGCACUGCCCCUACUGUGCGCGCCACUGUGACCCAGUUCAACAUGGUGACCGGCUGCGUGCUGGGCUCGGUGCUCGGGGCGCCAGGCCUCGCCACCCCUCAGAGGGCUCAGCGGCUGGAAAAGUGGAUCCGCAUUGCCCAGCGCUGCAGGGAACUGCGGAACUUCUCCUCCCUGCGCGCCAUCCUGUCCGCCCUGCAGUCUAACCCCAUAUACCGGCUCAAGAGCUGCUGGGGCGCGGUGGGCAGGGAACGGUUAUCCACUUUCAGGAAACUUUCGCAGAUUUUCUCGGAUGAGAACAACCAUCUCAGCAGCAGAGAGAUUCUUUCCCAGGAGGAGACGACUGAGGGACCCCAAGAGGAAGAUACUCCCCCAGGAAGCCUGCCUUCAAAACUGCCCCCAGGUCCGGUCCCCUACCUUGGCACCUUUCUCACGGACCUGGUUAUGCUGGACACAGCCCUGCCGGACAUACUAGAGGGGGAUCUCAUCAACUUUGAGAAGAGGAGGAAGGAGUGGGAGAUCCUGGCCCGAAUCCAGCAGCUACAGAAGCGUUGUCGGAGCUACUGCCUGAGCCCGUGCCCACCUGUCCUGGCUGCUCUGCGUGCCCAGCGCCAGCUCAGUGAGGAACAGAGCUACCGCGUCUCCCGUGUCGUUGAGCCACCAGCCGCCUCCUGUCCCAGCUCCCCACGUGUACGGCGGCGAAUCAGCCUCACCAAGCGUCUCAGUGCGAAGUUGUCCCGAGAGAGAGGCUCAUCCCCUGGUGGGAGUCCUGGGGACCCCUCAUCCCCCACCUCCAGUCUAUCCCCAGGGUCUCCCCCAUCCAGUCCUAGAAUGAGGGACCCUCCUCCUGGAAGUCCCCCAGCUUCUCCAGGGCCCCAGGGCCCCAGUACCAAGCUGCCCCUGGCCUUGACCCUGAGCUGUCCUCGAAUCCCUGUUGUGGGGCAGCAGGGUUCAGAGGCCCGAGUCAUCCGAGUCAGCAUCGACAAUGACCAUGGGAACCUGUAUCGGAGCAUCCUGCUCACUAGUCAGGACAAGGCCCCCAGCGUGGUGCAGAGAGCCUUGCAGAAGCACAAUGUGGCCGAGUCCUGGGCCCGUGACUACCAGCUCUUCCAAGUCCUUCCUGGGGACAGGGAGCUCCUGAUUCCUGACAACGCCAACGUCUUCUACGCCAUGAGUCCAGCUGCCACUGGAGACUUCAUGCUGCGGCGGAAGGAGGAGGCCCGGCCCACCUCUGUCUGCCCGACCUGAGUUGGCCCUCUGCUGCCUCCAGGACACAGGUCCCACGGGCAGCUUCUAUCACCAUGGGGGCAGCGAGUGCACUCCCAUUCCCUAGUAGAGCCCGCUGUGCUCCAUACCCUGUCACCACCACCCCCCAAGUUUAUUGGCCUCCAUCCAUCUGACCCCACUGGCACUGGAUCCCUAUUCCAAAGCCAUCAGUUCACAGGGUGGCUGGUGAACUCCACUGCAUGGUGGGGGUCAGACCCUUCCCCAGAAAAAUCUUGUAAUUGUUGGAGAUGCAUCAGAACUGACAGAAGUAGUUGAAAACAGUGACCAAAAUGAUGAAACAGGAGUCUGUCUUCUUUGUUUGGUGCCUGUGCU